GGGAUCGUCUCAAAAUGUUCGUACGUUUUUUUCGUAUAAUUAUACGAACGCUACGAAGUACUUCGUUUCGUGAAACGAAUGUCAUACGAAGUGCUUCGUUUAAAAUAAAAAAUAUAAACGAAGUUUAUACGAACUUUUUUAAUACAUGAUACGAACUUAAACGAAGUUUUUUUAUCAUACAAAAUAAAAUGAUACGAACUUUGAACGAAGUAAAUUGCUAUACGAUCUUGAAACGAACUUCAAAAGUACCGGCGUAAUAGCGCGUAAUUAUUUCAAUACAAAAUCAGAAACAAAAGAAUUAAACGAAGUUUUUUUGACAUAGGAAAAGAAAUGAUACGAACUUUAAACGAAGUAAAUUGCUAUACGAACUUAAAACGAACUUCAAAAGUACCGGCGUAAUUGCGCAUAAUUAUUUCAAUACGAAACCAGAAAUAAAAGAAGUAAAAUAUACGAUUUAUUUUAAUAGUUUCAACCAAACUUAAAUUUAAUAUCAAGCAUUUGUAUUUCCUUUUUAAAAUAUCGAAUUUAAUUAAAUUAAACAGUUUUUUUUAAAACUAGCUACUUUCAUAGCAUGUCUAAAAAUUACGACAGUGAUAUCGAUUGGAUAUAUGACACAGCCAGUUCCGACGACGAGACUGAUUUGUUGCAAAAUAAAAAUAAAAGACGAGGAAGACCAAGCAUACACGAGAAAUAUCCGGAAAUAAUUACUUGUGUCAAGACGUUGAUAGAACAGGGUUCUGCUGAAGCUCACUUACGUCGGAGAGACAGUGUUAUGUACACAAAUGGGCUUUCUUUGAAUGAUAUCGUUAUGCACGUCAAAAAAACCUUGGGUAUAACUGUUAGUCGCCACACCAUUCACAGAUUAAUGCUUCCACCCCGAAAAAAAAACACAGCGAGUAAAAACUACAAAUGUCUGAUAGACGCACGUGUUCCUCCAAAAAGAAAUACAAAAGAAAAAAAAACACACGACGACUUUCAUUUCACUUGCGGUCAAGUUCGCAUAGUUAAAUUUAAUAUCGAAGAAAAACUUUCCAAAUCGAAAACAUCCAAAAGAUCUCCAAUAUGAAGAUGUCAUUUACGACAUGAAAAGAAAUCAGAAAUUUAUUGUUGACACAAACGAUCAAUACGAGGCUAAAAUUACUACAACCACUGGAGAAGCAGUUCUUUACGAAAACCUCAAAGAAUACGAUGGUGAAAUCGUUGCAGUAGCGGAAGAACCUGAUGCAAACAUGCUACAACUAGAUUUUUCAGAUGACACAACCGUUGAAGUAUCAACAGAAGAAAAGUCGUGUUUACCGGCUUUAAAGUCUUUAGACAUUUUGUUUGAACCUGCCUUAAAAAGGUCAUCUUCACUUUCACCAAAGGACCUUCCAACCCUUCAAGAAGAAACAUUUCAGCCUGAAAUCCAUGAAACAACAGAAUGUUUAGAAGAAGGAGAGAGUAUAUCUUCACUGCUGAAGAAAUUAUUUCGAGAAAUAAAAGAAAUUAAGGUCGACAUACGGGAAAUUCGAGAAAGAAUUGACAUAAACGAGGCUACCACUAAUCAAAUAAAUGAUAAAGUAGAACUUGUGGAAACAACUACAAAACACAUUGAGACGCAUUUAAAAAGAAGAAAGGAGAAAAGUAAACUUUCAUCUGAAACAUUUUUUGUUCGUCCAGACAGUACCAGAGCAUUUCAAGUCACCCCCACUGUUAACGCCACUAACAUUACUUCCGAAGAAUUUAACAUGACACCUGAAGUCACAAGUAUCCUGGCCGAUAUCACUAAUGUGACGCCUGAACACGUUAAUGUCGCGCCCGAAGAAAUGCAACCUCCGCAAAUUUCCUACAUGCAUUUACUGGAAAAUCCCAUGACUACUGACCCAACCACAUUUCAGCUUUUUACUGAAAUGAAUGAUCCAGUUAACUCGACGCCACUUCCAAAAAAAAGAAAAAUAAAUUCUUGUGCUUGUUAUAUAAAACAGCAACUGCAAGCGUUGUAUACCGAGGAAGAGCUAGCGGUAGGAAGAAUACAAGGUGGUGUUCGAAAUUACCAAACAGGAGCGUUAAACACUUCUUCCCUCUCUCCGAAUCGUAUGAGUGUUAUAGUGCGUCAAGCAAAAAAACGGUACAGCGAUGAAUUUAUGGAAAUGAAAAAUUUAAAUGAAGAUGUGAACUCAAAAUGCAGACAAGUAAAACGAAAAUUAAUCGCCAAACAAAAAGCCAGAGACAAUGUUUAAUGUUUUUAAAAGUAUUUUAUCGUUGCGUUUUUAGAAAAAUUUGUAUAUAUUUUAACCACUGUUUGUAUAUAUUUUAGCAUAUUUUAGCACAGUUUGUAUAUAUAUUUUUAUUGCAAAAAAAGCAAAAAAACAAUAAAAAAAAUAGCAACUGAAAUUAUUUUUACCUAUUCACCAAUAAAAUUGUGCCGUGACAAGAUAAACAAACAUAAAAAAACAUGCAUGCAACCUGAAAGCAUAUAAUCAGCCUUAUUAUUUGCAACGCGUAACGAAGCCAAAGUUGUUAUUAUUAAAAGGAUAAAAAGUUUACACUUCAUACAAAAUUUAAAAUCUAUAUUUAAAGUUGGAGCCUGGUUUAUUCUUAUGAUAUUCUUAACUUUUGACCCGUUUUGCAUCCUCGAUAUUCCUACAGAAAAUUCUUGUAGAAAAACGUGAAAUAAUACGCAAUGAUAGGGCGAGCAAUAUUAUUUAAACUUAUUUUAUCUAAUUCAAGUGGAAGCAAUAUUUUAAAACAUAUUAUUUAAUUCUAACUAAAUAAAGUUUUUUUUUUUUUCGAAAUAAGAUGCAGUAAAGAUAGCGCAAUAAACUUAGUAAACAAAACAAAGUUUUUUUUGAAAGUUUUUUUUAUGAUAUAAGACGCGUAAUAACGUGAAUAAUAUUUGUUAAACGAAUUUCGUUAAUGAAACGAAUUUUGUCAUUGUUAAAAAAUAUUUAAAUAAUAAAGACCUUAGAUAAUAAGUCCAAUUAAAAUAAACGAAGUUCGUAUAACGAAACGAACUUUAUAAUUGUUGAAAAAAAUUAAAUAUAAAGACUAUAGAUAAUAGUCCAAUUACAAUAAACGAACUUCCUAUAAGCAAAUUUUUAUACGAACUUCUUUAAAAAUGAUACGAACUACAUACGAACUUUAUUUUAAAUGAUACGAACUUUAUACGAACUUUUAAUUUUGAUGAUACGAAAAAGUUCGUAUUAAAAAUAAAAUGAUACGAAAGAUUUAAUAAAUCGAUACGAAGUUUUUUAUACGAAUUAUACGAACUACGUACGAACAUUUUGAGACG